AUGCGUCUCGCCAGCAUCUUUCUCUCCCUCGCCUCCCUGGCCUGCGCCGCCGAGUUAGGCAUCGAAACCACCCACAAGGUCGAAUGUACCCGCAAGACACAAAACGGCGACGGUGUCUCCAUGCACUACCGCGGUACCCUCCAAGACACCGGGAAUGAGUUCGACUCUAGCUAUAAGCGCAACUCUCCUCUGAGCUUCAAGCUCGGUACUGGUCGUGUUAUCAAGGGAUGGGACCAGGGUCUUUUGGAUAUGUGCAUUGGUGAGAAGCGUACUCUUACCAUCCCUCCUGAGUUCGGCUACGGUGACCGUGGUGUCGGUCCCAUUCCCGGCGGCGCGACUCUGAUCUUCGAGACCGAGUUGGUCGGCAUUGAUGGCGUUGACAAGGAUGAGCUGUAA